UUAGGUUCAAACAUAGGACAAGAGAGAAAGGGCCAGCAAAACCUCAGCUCGGGGCAUGAGGAGAGCAGACUUCAGGCUGCUCAGGGAACUGGUACGCAAGGUCCCUGGGAAAAAUGUUAUUGAGGGUGCUGGGCUCCAUCAUUGCUGGUCGCUUUGGAAACAUCACCUCCUAAGGGCACAGGAGCAGGCGAUUCCCAAAUGUUGGAACCCAAGCAGGCAAGGCAGAAGGCUGGCUUACCUGAACAGGCAGCUUCUCUGGGAAAGAGGAUGGAAAAGGAAGUUGUGUGCCCAGUGGGAGUGAGGUCAAGAGAAGAAUACACAGAUGUUUCCUGCCUCUUGCAGGGAGAAAUUUGGUAUGCUGAAAGCUCAGCUGGAGAUGAAGGUGGCCAGAAAUGUGGGACACAAUCAAAAGUGUUUUAAAAUACAUUAAUGGAAAAAAACUUUGUAGAAAUAACCCUACUGUCCCCUUCUAGGGUGUGGAUGGUCACCUCACAAACAGGGAUAGAGACAUGGUACAGGGGUUUAGUGCAUUCUGUGCCUCUGUCUUCAACACUCAUCCCUCCCUUCCCACUGGAAAACAUUGCAUUGUACCAAGGGACACUGGUCCUUGAAGAGGGUAAGUCCUGCUCAGUGGAAAGCAAACCACCCCUGUUUGAUCCACAGCAUUCCCAUCCAAACUCAACAUGUGACAGCUAUUGGGAAGAAAGACACCUUAUCCCAGUCAAAACCAGAGCAGUGGAAGCACCAUGAGCACUCCUUGGCAAAUCCUGAUUUAUUUAUAACAGAGGCACUGCAGAAAUCAGUGAGCUGCUAACAAAAUCUCUUCUUGCCCUCAACAGCCCAUUCCAUCUGAACGGAGAGCUCCCCAGAGACAGAGGAACUCCCUUUGUCUCUGGAGGAUUUUUUCAGGCACAGAGUAGUGUUUGUUUCCAGCUGGUAGUGUGGCAACAUCUUGGGAGCUGUGGGGUUGACACUGCUGGCACCAGCACCCUUCCUGAUGUGCCACCAUUUGGUCCAGGGAAUGAUUCUUUGCAACGGACUGAGCUCCCGUUCUUACUUCCAGGCUUUUUCUGGCCACGUCCAUCUUCAGAGAUGAGCCAGUUCUGCUGAUCCCUGAGGCGGGCUGGGCUGUGACUGCACAAAGGGCCUGAGAGCUGGCAUGAGGCAGGGCUGUGAUGUCCCACAGUUGUCCUGGCCACAGCACUGUGACAUCAUUGCGUUGUCACUCUAUAACACAGGCCAGCACCCACAGCUGCCAGCGCAGUCGCGAUGGGACGUGCCGGAAUCAUGGAUGACGGUGUUGUCCUGAUGACUGUGCUUGUCCUGCUGCUGGCCGCUGUGGCUGUCUGGUGGGCUGUUGGCCACUGGCAACCAUGGAGACAGCAGACAUGGAAAGCGAAGAAGAGCAAGCGCCGCUGGGUCCGGCCUAGAGGCUCACGGAGGAACCGAGGAGCCCCUGUGGCUCCGAGAUACUCCGGGCCCCUAGCGGCCCCUGGCAAGUGGCCACGUGCUCCCGCGAGCCCUCUGGACAGCUCCUGCAGCUGGGGCUCCUGCAUGGCAGUGGCCCAGGAGCUGCAGGAACUGUUGCUGCUCCUCUGGGAUCGCAAUGGGACAUGUGUGCCGCUCUACUCUGGGAUGUGGCAGGCACUCUGGAAAGAACUGGAGGAGCUGGUGAACCGAGGCCACCUGGCCUGCUGUGGCUCGUCUGGUUCCUCCAGAAGCCGCCAUCACCCCAGGAGGCUGCUCCCAGCAAAAUUCUCCACCACCCCUGGGAAAGCCUCAACCCCUGCAAGGAUGGCACACCAGCAGAGACCCACCAUCCAUGCAGGAACCUCAGGCUGUCAGAGACCCUCCAUUCUGCCAGGAGCCUCUGCUAUCUCUGACAGCCUCCAUCCCUCGCAGAGGCUCAGGGAGACCUGUCAGCCUGCAGAAGAUGCAGAGCCCAUGGACAGUUCUCCCAGCUCCCUUGGACUCCCAGACUUCAACAAUAAGGGUACAAGCCUGACCAUUGACAUGGCCAGGGAAAGCCCAGAAGUCCAAGUGGGAGCCCAGCCCAAUCCAGGGGAGCCUUCUCAGGAGCAGCUGGCGGAGCAGCAAGCAUCCUGGAAGCAGCAGUUGUCAUCCCACUGCUCCCAGAACUCUGGGCAAGUUGUGCCAGCUGCCAACAGCCCAAGCCUGGUGGUGGAGACGACCCUCAAGACACCAAGGAGGUUCCUCCAUCUCCAGGAAGCUGCCCCAAGAAAGCCCUUGACUACCACAAAGGCCUUUCUAAGAGCAGCUGCUCCUGGGACCCCCCUGUGCAAAGCCUUGGGCUGUAGCCCCGGCCGUUCUCAACAGCAGAGUCCAGCCCACAACGCCGGGGACAGUGACAGUGACGGUGCCAUCCAGACACACUGCACUCCGGCUCCUGCAGCCUCUGCGUGCUCUGCUGUCCCAGCUCUGCUGCUCAACAGCCCGACGGCUGCAAGGCAGUGGCCACUGCUCGGCAGGCAGCAGGAAGCAGAGCAAAAGAAGAAGCUGCAGGAGCUGUACCAGCUGGGUCUGCAGCUGGGGAGCGGUGGCUUCGGCACCGUUUUCUCAGGCAUCCGCCUCUCAGAUGGGAGCCCUGUGAGUGGCCGUGAUGGCCGGGCGUGCGAGGAGGGUGAGGGAUGGGGAGGGGCAGGACUUGAGCUAAGCCUCUCUCUCUCUCUCAAUGGCUUGCAGGUGGCUAUUAAACGCGUGGCUCGGGACAGCGUCCUGCAGUGGGACGAGCUGCCCGACGGCACCCGUGUUCCCGUGGAGAUCGUGCUCAUGGAGAAGGUGGGCUCUGGCUGCCACAACAUCGUCCAGCUCCUCGACUGGUUUGAGCUGCCUGACAGCUUCCUGCUGGUGAUGGAGCGUCCGCAGCCAUCACAGGAUCUCCUGCACUUCCUGCUGGAGCAGGGCUUCCUGUGUGAGGAGAUGGCACGCUGGCUUUUCUGCCAGGUGCUGGGGGCCAUGCGGCACUGCACUGCCUGUGGCGUCCUGCACCGAGACAUCAAGCCGGAGAACCUCCUGGUGGACCUGGAGAGCGGCGAGCUGAAGCUCAUUGACUUCGGUUGCGGCACCUUUCUCCAGGAGCAGGUCUUCACGCAAUUUGCCGGUGAGCCCACAACCCGGGCCCUGCUCCCAGUGCCAGGCACUGCACGUUUGGCAGCAGAUGCUGUGCCCCAGGAGCUGGCUGCUGGCCCUGCCCACAGGGGCGGCUGCAAAAGCCAGCUCCUGGCCCCUCAGCUUAGCAGGCCCACAAGGGCUUGGGCUGCUCUGCUGGCCUUCUUUGCCUUGCAGAAUGGUUUAUUGGCUUUGGCCAGUUGCCUGGGGGAUGUGGGGUGGCCUCGGGGAGAAGUUGUGUCCACCGCUGCAGCUCCUGCCUCUGCCAGGAGGCGGGCACCAGGCGCUGAAAGCCAGCAGCCUGCGUCUGGACAGCGCCAGCCAUCUCCCCUAGGAACACACGCGUACAGCCCACCCGAGUGGAUCUGCCUUGGCGUCUACCAUGGCCAUUCAGCGACCAUCUGGUCCCUGGGCAUGCUGCUUUAUGUCAUGGUGUGUGGUAACCUCCCCUUCCAGGAGGACCGUGACAUCAGGUUGGGGCAGCCCUUCUUCAGGCAGCAGAUCUCUCCAGAGUGCCAACAUCUGAUCCGCUGCUGUUUGUCCAAGCACCCCGCGGACAGGCCAGAGCUGGAGGAGAUCUUGCGCCACCCUUGGGUGCGGGGCCGGCGUUUCUGAUGCCUUGCUGGAGCCUCUGCAGCACCCACUUCCUGAAUCCCAUGCAGGACUGAGGACCCAAAAAAUAAAACCAUAAACCAUAAGCAUAUUCUAGGCUGUCAAGUCUGGUUCUUGUUAGCAACUUCAGCUAAAGAGACCUCUUGGGAAAAGGGGUGAUCAAAGGCACUCCCUUCAGCCUUUGUCAAGCUUUGGAUGCCUUUCCUCCAGGAUGGUACUUUUGCGUCUUCAAGCACAGGCUGUAGUACAGCU